CGGUGACCGAGCCGUCGGCCGGGCUAGUCGACCGCCGCGCCCUGCCGAUCCGUGAUGUAAACAAUGCACAUUACUACCGUGAUCUUAGUGCUCCAGUGUACAAUAUGCCUUGCUAUACGAGUGCCAGUGAACUGGGACGAAAGUGAAGUGAAAGAAGCACUUAAGCUUGAGGACAAACCAGUUCCUAAUGAAUACUUCCAGUACACGGCGAACAAACCGCAGUUCGCUGUAGAUGUCGCCAAGUUCCACGAUGUCAAGUCACCGGAGAAACACUACGAGUCGUACCCCGUCCAACCGCAUACAGGCUUGACCAAACCAGCAUUUGGUAAACAUCAAAUGCUUAACAGUGAAAAUCAAAAUUAUAAACCAUACCAACAAUAUGUUCAGCAAGACAACAAUCGACAAGUGAGCCCAGUUUCAAAUUACUAUGAAGUGUUUCACCCUUACAAGGCGGAAAUACCCGCGCUGCAAGAAAUAUAUAAAGACCCCGUAUUAAAUAAAAUAAGAAACGAUGUGAGGGAUUCUAAGAAUCGAUUACAACAAUAUGAGCAGGAUGCAGGAGAACCAAAUGUAGAAAAGGAUGAAUAUUUAGAGAGUCCUGAAAUUACAGAUAGGAAGAGGUUUCCUAUUCGAAAUAAGCCUGUAAGAUAUGAAGUCCAUAGGCCACAGAGAAAACCAAUAUAUUACCAACCGAUCCCCAUAACGAAUCACCGAGAACACUACUUAAAUCAAAAACUGAAGCAUCCAUGGAACCAAAAUUAUGCAAAGGUUACUCCUAUGCACUAUCGACCAUUAAAACAUCAUUUAAAUCGAUUAAGACAACAACACGCAUUGACUUAUGAUGAUGAACGCAACGAAUAUCCACAAAUAACACCACCAGAACAAUAUGCGGAAAAACCAGAUGGGUACGAUAUCUAUGAAAAAGGGAAGGACAAUUACAAUAAAAUAAGAAACAAUUUUGAUGAAUCCAUAAACAAAGCUAUAAUAAAAAAUAGACCAGUGGCUAAUCAAAAUUUAGAAUUUCAAGAAGAAAAUAAAGCGCAAGAUGAAGAAGAGACAUUUGUCCCAAUAAAAAACUACGCUCAGGUACGAAAAACUGAAACAUUUAAACAUCUGCCGAAAUCUGCAGCUUUCCGAGACGCUCAAAAUUUAGAAGAAUAUCAAAAUGCUCCCAGAUUAAGAGAGGCGAUAAAAAGUAGCAAAAAUCAAGUCGUUUAUUCUGAAGAAGGUUAUGAAGACUCGGCGUAUGAUCAUGGAGGUGAACAGAAACAUGCAUCAGACCAUGAAGGUCAUGGUGGUUUUUUGAAAGAAAAAGAAAGCAGCAAAGGCAAAUAUAAAAUACCUACAAUUGAUAUCGGUUUUGCUGAUGAAGGAAAAACAGCUUCAAGGCAACAAGUCCUACAUGGAGAAAAAUGGAAUGACGAAAAAGUGGACAGUCAAGAUGAAAAUGACACUGAAGACUACACUGAAGACGAGAAUGAUUAUAAUGAAAAAACUGAUGACGAAGACAUAACUUCCGCUGAAUACAAUGAGAGAAAUAAACGCGAUGAUAACAAUACUCAGACAAAUCUGAAAGAUAGCACUGAAAAUCGUGAUGAAAAUUUAGAAAGCGUAUUAGAACAUGAGGUAGCAAAAAGAGAAAUUAAGCUAAAUAUGUCUGAGCCCAAAUUAAAGUUGAGAUUACCCGAAACUAAAGAAACAAAUCGAAAAAUUUUGUUUGAAAAGUAUAAAAAUAAGUUGAAAAAAAAAUAUCCAUACUAUUUUAAAAACUCGAAAAUACUUAACAAAAACUCUCCACUGCGAUAUGCCGAAAAUAUUAAACUUAUACCACAGAAAAUGAGCAGUGAUACUGCAUUUUACAAUUCUAGAAUUGCUCUAGAAUGUCCUGAAGUCGAAACUGAAAUUAAUCCUGUACCAGAGAAAUUUGAAAAUGACGAUGUUACCUCUUCGAAUGAUGAUGGAGACAAUGAUGAGGAUGAAGAUGAAAAAGAUUCAGACAAAGGAGAAGAAGAAUUUAAAAACUUUAAAAACAAACAAAGACUGAAGGGACUCGGUGAUAAAAUUGAUUGCUUGAAGGCUAAAUACUUUGGAGAAGAUCCAUUAGACAGUCCUUUUUUCAAAGAAGAAACUAUCAAUAAUCCUCUGCCCCCAUCUAAGCCAAAUAAUAAAAUAUUUAUUUUGCCUAAUGGUAACUUACAGCAACGAACAAAAAACACUUUAAAUAACUUCACUGAAUCAAAUCCAGACAUACUUAGUUUACUCAAUAAACUGUAUGAUAACAACACCUUUAAAAAUAAUAAAACUGAAAAUAUUUCAGACCAAAAUGAUUCAAAAGAAUAUAAUCACCAUAUUAAUAAAGAAAGUGUAACAAAAAUGCCACAUAUAUUGAGAAAAAAGAGAUCUGCAACAUUUAUGUACGAACCAUAUAAAGUAAUCAAAGAGAGUCAAUCACAAGAUUCGAAAAAACUAACAGGGAAUGGAAAUGUGAGUCCACUCAUAAAAAAACUUCAAACAAGACAGAUAAUCGAAAGAGCAAGUUCAAAUAAUCAAAAGCAAUACAAGGAUAUUGGUAAAAAUGACAGACCAGCUAAUGCACAAGAAACAAAAUUUGUUGAUGUCAGUGUUGAUCAAAGAAGAGGGGAACCAAGAUAUGAAUUAGAUCGAGGUAAUCAUAAAUCUGUUUAUAGUCCCGUCGAAAACAGAUCCUCCAUUUCAGUGGAUGAAUAUAAAAAGAAGAUUUCAAAUGAAAAUUAUUCUAAUAAACAUAUGGACGACACAAUUAAUAAAGAAAUAACUAAUAAACCGUAUUUCGAUGUUUCCAAAUAUCUGCCACAAACUUUAAUGACACAAAAUUUAGCAGCUAGCAACAAAAUAGAAAAAGUUGUUCCUUCAACAACUCCGACACCUCGGGCAGAUAUUGAUGAAAAUGAUGAAGACGAUGAUUAUGAAGAAUAUGACGAAGAAGAUGAUGAAGAUGAUCUGACUACAACAACAACAACAAAAAAGCCCGCUAAAAUAAGGAUACGUUUAACAACCACCAUUAAACCAGAUGUUACUGAACAACCUGAAACGUCAAAAUUACGGCUUGUCACCCGUUUUCAUACGACAAGUACCACAGAAAAGCCUUUUGAAAAAAUCAAUGAUCAAAAAUUUAAUAACAGAGAUGAUAAUGUAAGAUCACCAAAAUAUAGGGAGAAGAAAAAAAAGAGCACAAAAAGUACUCUGGUAACAGAUACUGAAAGAUAUGGUGAUGAUGACGAUGAUAUGAGAGAAAAAGAAAUCGAUGCUAUGAUAGGAGUGCAACACGAUAUGGAUGAGUAUAUCCCAAUGUAUGAGAAAGAAGAAAAGCGGAAGCUCUCUUCUACUCAAAAUGAAAAGGAUGCAGAAAACGACAGCGAUGAAAAUGAGCAUGGUGGUCAUAGUGAAAAUGAUGAGGACGACGAUGACGAUGAUGAUGAUGAUGAUAAUGACGAUGAUGAUGAUGAUGAUGAUGACGAUGAUGUAGAUGUCGAAGAAAAUAAUGACCAUCGUAAAGAUGAGCAUCAUAUAGGGAAGGAAAAAAUAAGUGCACCAAAUGAGAGAGUUAAAAUGGAAACUACCACAUCAGAGCCCACAAAAAGAACUCUUUUAAGAACGACAGAACCCACGGCAACUACUGAAGUACUAAAUAAAAUGAAUGAGCAACGACCAAUGAUUUUUAGGAAAAGAGUUGAAAUUCAUAAAGAAUUACCAGUGGAUGAAAAAUCACCUCAUGUAACCCAUUUCAAGCAAGACAUAAAAGAAGUUGAAGUCGUGAAAGAGAUGGAAGAACCAAAGAAAAAAAAAAUAAAGAAUUCAGAAGCAUUAGAAUUGUACAAAGACGAUAACCUGGCUAAGGAUAUUAACCAAUUAGGUGGGGUUGAAAUAUUUAGAGAUGACAUAGACCUCGAAACCGGUCCACGACAUGGUGGAAAUUAUAGAAGCAUUAAGCCCGAAGAAUUACGCCAAGAAAAUUUAGGUUCAAAUGUUGAUGUUGAAGGUUCCCAAAGUGAAACUAAAAGUACAAUACAAGUUGAACCGACCACAGCCAGGCCAAGAAUAAAAAGUGAUGUGAUAAGAUCAAGAAAUGUGCGCAACAGAAAUGCAAAGUUAAACGACCGGAGCGGAGCAAAAGCAGAAACUUCGACGAUUAGUACACGUCAAGAAAAUUUACGAAAAUUAAGACGAAAUCGAAAUGAGAACGAAAAAAGCGCAAAGCUUAUUGAAUUUCAAGAUGAGGAUGCAGAAAAUCAUCCAAGAAAUAUGCAUGGUGGUAACUUUAAAACAUAUAACACGAGAAGUAAUAAUAGACCGAUGCAUGGAGGCAACUAUAGGAGUGCUAAAAUAGUACAGGCCGAUAUAGUUAAAACAACACCUUCGAUUACGAGUACAACUACAGGUAGAACAAUACCAAUAAGAAAUCGAAAACAAGAAGCUGAACUAUUGAAUACUUUCGCUCGCGUAGUUCCUGAACUAACAACACCUCCUGCUUUCAUAUUGGACCCUAGUAAACGACAAUAUUAUUAUGUUGAUUAAUUGUAAAAAUGCGUAAAAAAAAGAAUUAUAUGUAAUAUCGUGCCAAAAUUGUCGCUAACUCCUUCAACGACAUUAAAUAUGUAAAAAAA